GCAAGUUUAUCACUUUGUUUGGCACUUUCUGAUAAGUUUGACUUUCGACAUGUGUCAGCGUUGUCGCGCUUUCCGAAGUGAAGCGAAAUGAUCUGUCGAUUUAUUGGAGUCUGUUUGGUGCUAACUGCACUGCUGAUACUGCAGGUCAGCGGACAGAGAAACGUACUCGUUAUACUAGCUGAUGAUGGAGGUUUUGAGACUGGCGUCUACAACAACACCGUUUGCAAGACACCAAAUCUCGUCAAGCUCGCUCAACAGGGAGUUGUGUUCCGAAAGGCCUUCACCGCUGUGAGCAGUUGCUCACCAAGCCGGUCAUGCCUGCUUACUGGUCUUCCAACACACCAGAAUGGCAUGUACGGCCUUCACCAAGGCGUGCAUGCCUUCCAGUCAUUCCCAGAGGUCAAGUCGCUGCCCUUGCUUUUGUCUCAACAUGGCAUUCGAACUGGCAUUAUUGGUAAAAAGCAUGUUGGACCCGAAGAGGUGUACCCUUUUGACUUUGCACACACCGAGGAAAACAACUCCAUUCUACAAGUUGGACGGAACAUCACGAACAUAAAACACCUUGUGCGGAAGUUCCUCUCUGCCAAUGACACAAGGCCAUUUUUCCUCUACGUGGCUUUCCAUGACCCUCAUCGUUGCGGCCACACCCACCCACAGUACGGCGCAUUCUGCGAAAAGUUUGGCGACGGCUCUCCGGGCAUGGGACGCAUCCCAGACUGGACUCCCCAGCAUUACGAUCCCAGUCAAGUCGUUGUGCCUUCGUUUGUUCCAGACACGCCCGCAGCGCGAGAGGACAUAGCAGCUCAGUACACAACCGUCGGGCGGCUGGACCAGGGAGUUGGCCUUGUGUUGGCAGAGCUGGAGGCUGCUGGGUUCAGUGACAACACUCUCAUUAUCUACUCUUCUGACAAUGGAAUUCCGUUUCCCAAUGGACGGACCAACUUAUACGAGCCUGGCAUCCAGGAACCUCUGAUAGUGAGCAACCCAGAAGAAGCAGGGUCUGCUGGCACGCAGUCAGAUGCACUGGUCAGCCUCCUGGACAUCGGGCCCACCGUUCUAGAGUGGUUCUCCAUUCCUGUUCCGCAAUACACCAUCUUCAAAAAGCCGGUCACGUUCACGGGCUCUUCACUGCUGCGGCUGCUCGCUCCGCAAAGAUCAGCAUCGGCAGAGUCGCGAGAUUUUGUCUAUGCAAGCCACAGCCUUCACGAGAUCACCAUGUACUACCCCAUGAGGAUGAUACGCUCCUCGAACUUGAAGCUCGUCCACAACCUCAACUACAAGAUGCCGUUCCCAAUCGACCAGGACUUCUACGUGUCGCCGACGUUCCAAGAUUUGCUGAACCGGACGGAGCGCGGGGAACCACUUUGCUGGAGUAAGACGCUCGACAGUUACUACUACAGGGACGAGUGGGAGCUGUACGAUUUGGACAGAGACCCAAAUGAGCUGUCCAAUGUUGCAAAGAACGAAACCUAUGCCCCGGUUCUGUCGCAGCUCCAGCAGCUGCUCUUCAAGUGGCAGCAGACAACACAGGACCCCUGGAUCUGUGCGCCGCAUUCGGUUCUGGAAGAUUCGGGCUCGUUCAAAGAGGAUCCCAAGUGUCUCCCACUCCUCAACGAACGCUAAGCAGAGUAAAUUCUCCGAGAGAUGAGUAGAGAUCACAGACGCAGAAAGACACAGACUGAGCGCUAAACAUUUCAUGAAGUCAUUGCUUCGUCGAUGACAUACCAUGUGUGAAACGAUGGUUGACAGUGACUGCCAAAUCUGCCAGUAGUCCAGUGUAAUGGGUACAUCAGAACCAUUUUUCUCUGUUGCAGGAUACACACGGACAAGACAAUGAAAUUAAGUGUGCUGUAUUGCCCGUCA